AUGGCUGCACAGUUGUAUAAAACUACCUCUGGAAGAUUGUUCCACGCCGGUGCAGUAGCUCUUAUUACCGUCGGUUUGCCAGCUCGAGGGAAAACCCAUAUUGCAAGGUCACUAUGUCGAUAUUUGCGGUGGUUGGGUGUUAAUACGGAGGUCUUUAGUCUUGGCAAUUAUCGACGACAAGAACUUGGCACGAUAGCCCAACUACCUGAAGAUGACGCAGCGCUUGUGGAGAAACGACACCAAGUGAUCCAACUUUGUCUACAGGCUAUGAUCGAAUGGUUUGAAGGAGGCGGACAAGUAGGGAUAUACGAUGCUAGCAACACAACCGAUGAAAAGCGUCGAGAAGUAUACGAGCUUUUGGUCAAUAAGCGUAUCCGCCCUGUAUUUAUAGAAUCAAUAUGCGACAAACCAGAAAUCAUAGAAGCUAAUAUCCGAAGCGUGAAGAUAUUGUCACCUGAUUACGUCGGAUGGGAUAAAGAGGAUGUCAUGUCUAAUUAUUGGGGACGUAUUGGAGAUCACCUCAUAGAAUAUGAAACUGUUAAUGACAGUAUAUUAAGUUACGUCAAGUUGAUUAAUGCCGGUGAACAGAUCAUUGUAAAUAACGUCAAUGGCUAUCUCCAGGCAGGUGAAUCUACAAACGAGAUAACGGAGAAAGUGGAUGCAGAAUUGAACGCGUCGGGCAUCAAUUAUGCGAGAAGAUUGAAGAAUUUUCUAAUUGCUUUGAGAAACCGAGAACGAAAAGAGCGAAAGGAGCAGGGGUGGGGAGAGGAUACGAGGCCACUAGUUGUAUGGACAUCGUCCCGAAAGAAAUCUUCAGAAACGUGCAGGCCAUUUGCUGAAGCAAAUUAUCUCGUUGAACAUCGACCAGGCAUGGCUGCACUUAAUCUUGGCGUCGCUGAUGGGUUGACCGAUGAGCAAAUUAGGACUCAGUAUCCUCGAGAAUACCUUAAUGCUAAGAAGGACCCAUAUUAUCAUAGAUAUCCGCGAGGAGAGUCUUAUCACGAUCUAGCAAUAAGAUUAGAGUCCAUCAUCCUUGAACUGGAGCGGGAGAAAAACGAUGUUUUAAUAAUCGCUCACGAAAGCGUAUUGAAAUGUCUAUAUGCUUAUCUCCUAGGCUUAUCCGAAGACGAAAUACCACGGCUUUCAAUACCAAGAAAUUACUUAAUCGAGAUCAUUCCCUCUGCAUAUCGAUGUAUAGAAUCGCGGUUGGAGAUUACAGACACAUUGAAUGGCAACUUUCACUAA